AGGGCGGGAGGAGGGGAGGGUGGAUGAGGGAGGCAGGAGGCGGAGGCGCCGGCGCCCUGCUUGCCCGCCCUCGGCGCCGCUUGGCGGGAAAGACAGCUCCGGGCAGCGGCGCUGCCGGUGCAGGGAGACACGCGGGCACUGGGGCCCGGCCUGCGCCGCCGGUCGCGGCUCCGGCGUCUGAUCGCCUCCCGCCCGACAUGCCUGCCGACAGGGAGCUGCCGAGCGCGGUGGACGCUGGCCUGGAGCCUGGCGAGUCGCAGUACCUCCGGCAGGUCCAGCACAUCCUGCAACACGGCCAGCGCAAGGAGGAUCGCACCGGCACCGGUACCAUCUCCGUCUUCGGCAUGCAGGCACGGUACAGCUUAAGAGAUCAGUUUCCACUGCUAACAACAAAGAGAGUGUUCUGGAAAGGAGUGCUGGAGGAGCUGCUGUGGUUCAUCAAGGGUUCUACAAAUGCUAAAGAGCUCUCUGCAAAAGGUGUGAAGAUUUGGGAUGCUAAUGGAUCACGUGAGUUCCUGGAUAAGCAGGGUUUCAGCACCAGAGAGGAGGGGGAUUUGGGACCAGUUUAUGGUUUCCAGUGGAGGCACUUUGGAGCAGAAUACAAAGAUAUGCACACAGAUUACUCUAACCAAGGAGUUGAUCAGUUGCAAAAAGUGAUUGAGAUGAUCAAAACCAAUCCAGACGACAGAAGAAUCAUUAUGUGUGCUUGGAAUCCCAAAGAUAUUGCUCUGAUGGCUCUGCCUCCAUGCCAUGCCCUUUGCCAGUUCUACGUUCUGAAUGGUGAAUUAUCUUGCCAACUCUACCAGAGGUCUGGAGAUAUGGGAUUAGGAGUGCCUUUCAACAUUGCCAGCUACUCACUGCUCACGUACAUGAUUGCCCAUGUCACGGGGCUCAAGCCUGGAGAAUUCAUACACACUCUAGGGGAUGCUCACAUAUAUCUGAAUCAUGUGGAACCUCUCAAAGUUCAGCUUCAGAGGGAGCCAAGACCUUUCCCCAAACUCAUAAUUCUUCGUAAGGUUGAAGACAUCAACGACUUUAAGGCAGAAGACUUUCAGAUUGAAGAUUAUAAUCCUCAUCCACCUAUUAAAAUGGAGAUGGCUGUUUAAUGCUAUAAACCAGCGUCUCUUAAUACAGAAAUGUGCCCAAGCAGCCUAGCUUUCUCUGUACCUGUCGGGCCCUGCAGUAGAUCCACACAUUAUUAUUGCCAAAAACCAGAUGCCAGUGAACCAGCACUGCCUUCAGCACUAAACUCUAGUACAGAACAAUGGUUAUUUAUUGCUGCUGCACUAUCCAGAGGCUAACCCAGUUUGAAGGCGUUAGUGAGACAGUUUACCACAUGUUGUGUCAGUUCCCGGCAGCCACUUCUGUUACCAUUCAGUUACUAUGUGUGAGUAGUACUUGCCUAGUUACUGUAUUUAGUACUGAAAGUAAGAACUUCUGUGUGUGCUAGAGGAUUCUUUCAGGGCUGGAGAAGUUUUUGCAUGUUUAAAGUGUAUCUGUUUAAUAAAGUUUGUGAAAAAAAAGUAA